AUGGAAGAAGAUAAUAAUAGAUUGGAUGAUUGGAGGUUAGCCCUAGAAGGAAAGGAAUUGAUAAUAAGUAAAAAUAAAACAGAGUACAUAGAGUAUGCCUUUGGAGGAAAAUAUCAAAAAGUUGAGGGUAUAGAGAUCAAUGACAAUAAGCGGAGAGUAGUGAGACCAAUGCUGUAUGGUUCAGAGUGUUGGGUGGUUGACAGGAGAAUAGAACAGAGUAUGAGUAUUGCGGGAAUGAGAAUGUUUAGAUGGAUGAGUGGAGCGACAAGAGAUGAUAGAAUGAAGAACGAAUAUAUGAGAAGUAAGUAUUGGUGUAGUGUCAAUAGUGUCAAGAUGAGAAAAAAUAGACUGAGAUGA